AUGGGCCCGUUUCGAACAAGGCGUUGGAAGUUUCGUCUGUUUGCGUGUACCGGAUAGCUCCGGGAAGGUUCCGCUUGCCAGUGUAUUGGUGCCGACUGUCUUGUUUGCCGACGACCGUGAAAACAGAACCCAAUGGCGGUGAGGGAAAGAGAAGCACAACAGCCUCGGCGAACAAGCGCUGCCCAGAACGGUGGAACAGAUGAUGUGCGGGAACUGCAGGAAAUACCGACAACAAACACUCGCUCGAUGGGCGAGACGCACUGGAAUGAAGGAGAGAAAACUCAACCACCUUCGGAAGCUUUCGGAAGCUUUCGGGUGGCAAAUCCCGAACGGGGUUCGGUCGGAAAAACUCGUCUCCCGUGGAACGCAACCGGGGAAGGCGGCCAGACCACGCAACGGGGGAGAGACGGCAUUUUAUUAAUACGGUUCGCACGAUGCGGACACAUUUCACUGCGAGUUGCGACACCGAACGAUACGGACGGCUCAAAAGGGGGCCAACGCUUCUUGGUCGCUCGUCACCCACACCGUGGGACGUGAUUUGCUUCUGGCUGUGUGGUGACUUGGAUUGGGGUAAGUUUUCGCCUGCGCCACGUUCGCUCGUUUGUGUAGUACCGUGAGCUCUGUUUAUCAAUUGACUGUAAGCACAGCGAAAGAGCCAGUGCGUUACUGUGUUGUGUGUGCGUGUGCUGUUGGUGUGUGAUUCUGUGUCACGAACGUUUGGUGUGUGCCAUGGUGCGCCGACGGUGCGGUGAUAAGCAGUAGAAUUGUUUCACCCCACACUCUCCAGUUUGUGCCAGCAUCAGCAGAAACGCCCGUCCAGCCGGACCAAGAGAUCAUUGAACAGUUGACAAAAAGCCUAGAAGAAAACACUAUCCGUGGUUAGACGACUUGCGGCAUCGGAGAGCAGCCGGCAUACAUCCGUUUUUUUCUUCCCUAUUGCUGCUGAUUCACCCCUUGCUGAACCGAACACAAUGGAGCAAUCGGCCAACAGCAAGGUACAUCUGGAGAAGGCACAGAACUUUAUGCGCCAGUACCGGGAUCCGGAGUCGCGCGAGCUGAAGAAGCUGUCCGCCAACCAGUUCAUGGACGUCUGGAGUCAUUACGAUCGCGAUGGGAACGGCUACAUCGAAGGAUCCGAGCUGGACGGAUUUCUCAAGGAGUUCGUCUCGAGCGCCAACGCAACCGACAUCAGCCCGGAGCAAAAAGUGUCCCUUACCGACGAGAUGCUGGUAGAGCUGAAGUCAUGCUUCAUGGAAGCGUACGACGAUAAUCAGGACGGCAAGAUUGACAUCAGAGAGCUUGCCCAGCUGCUCCCGAUGGAGGAGAACUUUUUGCUGCUCUUUCGGUUCGAUAAUCCGCUAGAAUCGAGCGUUGAGUUUAUGAAGAUCUGGCGCGAGUAUGACUCCGACAACAGCGGUUACAUCGAAGCGGAUGAACUGAAGAACUUCCUGCGGGAUUUGCUGAAGGAGGCGAAAAAGAUAAACGACGUGUCGGAGGACAAAUUGAUCGAGUACACCGAUACAAUGCUCCGAGUGUUCGAUGCAAACAAAGAUGGAAGACUGCAGCUGUCGGAGAUGGCAAAACUGCUUCCAGUGAAAGAAAACUUCCUGUGCCGGCAGGUGUUCAAGGAAGGGAAAAUAGACGAAGAAGGUGCGGCUAAGCUAACGAAAGAAGACAUCGAAAAAGUGUUUUCACUCUACGACAGAGACAAUAAUGGAUCGAUCGAGAACGAAGAGCUGCGCGGUUUCCUGAAGGAUCUGCUCGAGCUAGUAAAGAAGGACUACGACGCCCAGGAUCUGAUCGAGUUCGAGGAAACGAUCCUGCGCGGCGUCGGCUACGACAAGGAUGGCAAAAUUUCGCGCAAAGAGCUGACGAUGAUUCUGCUGGCGCUCGCCAAACUGCCGCCGGACGAUGACCAGUAAUUAAUGGCGUCGGCGGUCUGCAUCGAGACUACUAGUAGCAGCCAGCCCUGUAGUAGUAGUGGUAGCAGCAGCCAGGACCCGAUCACCAAGGACCUCUUUCCGCCCAUCGCGAGCGUGCAGGACGGCAUCCGGGAUCUGUAUCGUAAGUUUCGGCGAAAGAUUCACAAAAAAGAGUAGCGCGGGCAGCACCGGGAGGGAAAGGCUGCACCGAGAACCUUGCACCGUACUAGCAGCAAACAAAGCACCACAAAUGGGCAGGGCAGCUAUAGGGCAGCUUUCUUAGUGUGAGCGUGUUGUUCUUUCUUUUUUGCGUAGUGCUUUCGUAAACCAACUAGCAAACGAUGCAUCAUCUCCCUCAUUCGUCCACCGCAUCCCGAUUGAGAGCGGGAACAGAGGGGCCGUAGUGAGAGUUAUUAAAAUUAAAAAAAAACACCAGAAAACAAUUUAACACACACAAACACACACACAAAAGGAAAGGAAGUUGAUGAACAGAAAAUGAUUAAUAGAACGGUUAAAAGCAGCCAGCGGGCUAUGCGACACUUAAACAACGCCGUCUCAAACGAAAGACUCGUACAAUUAGGAAAGCUUAUGAAGAAGCGGCACGGUAACACGGUGCGUGGAAGGACAUGUUAACGUGUACUCACUCCGUCUUGGGGGGAAGAAGAGCGAAACAGUCUGCGAUCGGAACAUUAUACACACAGAGAUUUAACAAGCAUAUCUACAUUCGCAAAAGCGCAAACUCUACCGCAACAUCCACUUAUCUUCCUCGUCCUUCUUAUCGAUCUAUUUGAAACAUAUUAUCUAGCUGUGUACUGAAACUGUUUAACGCCGUUUGUGCACCUCUCCUCUCUUAUUAUGGUCGUGUUUAAUGCGCUUUUCUUGUGAAGCUUGCAGUUUAUUAGCCUCAGAGAAUCUGCUCAAAACAAGGAUAACUAAAUUGGUAGAGAAAACGAAGGAUUUAAGAUGUGAUUAAGUUGAACGAAACAAAACCAACUCUCACAUAUACGUACAAAGAGCUAAUGUUAGAAAGAAGAGGAGAACAAUAGCAACAUCUCUCAGGCAUAGGUCACAAGUUGUUGAAACAACUCCUUCAGCCACUGUACGUAAUGGCUUUCGAGUGAUAGAAUUCGCUGAAUGGCCUAAAACAGGAUACGGAGGGUUCGUGGUACAACAAAACAUGAGAAACGAAAUUUGCUCAGUACUUGGAGCCGAACCGACUUUUAACAAAAAACCCUUUAACCAUGCCGUGCCAAAAAGCGGUUCCCAAAUUCGAUCCAGACCAAACGAAAUGGAACAAAAAUAGCCAGAAAGGAUGUAAAACACGUGCCGGUUGGAUGCGCGCGCUUAUCGAUUGUUUGUGCGCAAACCGCGCCUGUGACGAAUGUUAUGAAGUACGGAAAACUAGCAUGAUAGUUAGGAGAAGCUUAUAAAAACUGGCUGCAAGGCCGGUUGACCGUUUGUUGAUGUAUUUGAUGUGUGAUGUGUCUAUUGGAUGAAGAAAAUUGUACCCCCAUGUUAUGCCUUCCAGUGGAAAAUUUCAAAAACGCUCCGGGUUGGUUUCCCUUCAAUGUUUUGUAUUUCCCCUUUCCCCGCCACUCACGACCGCCUAGCUAGAGCGAAACAGCAUGUGCAUGACGUUAUCAAUGUGCCGGCUUGUAAACCCCUUGUUACUUGUUCCCUUGUUGAUGUGGAGAAAGAUGUUGUUGAUUCCGCUGUCCUGUCUACUAACUAUAAUACUAAAAUGAAGCAAAACCAAGAAUGGAAGAGUUGUUAAUGUUGGACAAGUGAGAAGCGUACGAACGAAACGGUGCAGCAGAAAGGUUUUUAUCCUACUUAAACCCAAAAAAACAUGAAUAUUAACGCUAAAUCUUUCACUAUCUAUAUCUAAAUGUUUCCUUAAAAAAACAAAACAAAAAUCGAACCCUUAUCGAUGUACCUACCCAAGACAUCGUCUAACAACUUUAAUGCUACUCACAUUCUUCACGCUGCUGCUGAUCGUUAUCGUUAUCUUAUAAAACGUUGGGCGGGAAUAGGAAAGUUUAUGAAAAA